AUGGCGAACCAGCAAUGUCCGUCUCAACAAUCGAAUAGCGACGGCAAUGACAGCAACAAUCCUGAAAUGGUUUCCACUGUCGAAACGACUCACAACCCCCAGACAAAUUACAAUCGAGAUACAGUCUAUCCAACCACACCUGACCGAGCUCCCACGACGCUUGUUUCAACCCCAAUCGUUGAAGAAAAUGAGGAAACAAGUGGAUGCCAGUUUAGUUGGUCACAAGCCGGCGUGAUAUUACUUGUGUUGCUUAUUCUGGGAGUUGUAAUUGCCCUAAUUACAAAGCCUGUAGGAAAUAAUUGCGACCAGAAUUGUAACAAUAAUCAGUCUCCCAUUACUGUUUUCUAUAACUGCGUUGCCAAUUGCAGUAAUGCGUAUCAUGCCGUGGAGAAGGCUGGUAUCGCACUUAUGUGCGGUGGGAGUUUUCUGAUUAUAUGCUGCUUGAUUUGGAAAUUCAGACCCAAAUCUGAGAAAACAGCGGAUAAUAGUUCACAGCCAAAUUGUAAUUCCGAUACAGUUUAUCCAGUCACGUUUGCCCACGUCCCGGCGGAGUUUGUUUCGACAACGAUCGUGAAGAAAAGUAAGAAAAAAAGUAGAUUUCAGCGUGCUUGGUUAUCGAUUGGCCUAGUAUUGGCUGUGCUACUUAUUGGCGUGGGAGCUGUACUUUUUGUGACAGCGAAACCGACAAGAAAUACUUGUGUUCAGACUUGCUACAGUAAUCUGCACUAUUAA